GUGAGAAAUUGGUCCCAGGUGCUCGGGAAGUCCUCACAGAAAUAUUUAAAAGCUGCAUUCAUUCUGAGCAAAUGCUGAGCUUAACUCCAGCGAAACCCAUUAAGGUGGCUGAUAUCUAUCUUAGUAAGGAGCAGAUAAAUUCUCAGACUCCUGGAAACCUUCUUCACGUGUUCUUCACAAAUGUGCGCCCUCCAAAGAAAGUGCUAGAGGACCAGCUUACUCAGAUUUUAAGGAAAUACGGGGUGCCCAAGCCAAAAUUUGACAAGAGCAAGUACAACAAGGCGGGCAAAGAGCAGCAUCCAGUGAAAGUUGUGAGCACCAAGCGCCCGGUCACCAAACCACCUACAAAGGAAAAGUCUAUGCUGAAUAGUGUCAGUCGAACAGCCUUAAGUGAGAAGAAACCUACUGUAAAACCAAAAUCUCCUGAGAAGAGCAAACCUGAAGAGAAGGACCCUGAAAAGUCUCCCACAAAGAAACAGGAAGUUCCUGAGGAGAAGUAUUUGACACUGGAUGGAUUUCACAGAUUUGUGGUUGACCGAUCUAAGCAGGACAUCCGUAGUGUGUGGAGAGCUAUUCUGUCCUGUGGAUACGAUCUACAUUUUGAAAGGUGUGCCUGCAUUGAUGCCAGACAUGCUCAGAAAGCAUCCCGGAAAUGGACACUGGAAAUGGAUGUGGCCCUUGUCCAGUAUAUUAACAGGCUUUGUCGUCACCUCGCCAUUACACCAGCACGACUCCAUCCCCAUGAAGUUUAUUUGGAUCCAGCUGAUGCAGCAGAUCCCAGAAUUUCCUGUCUGUUGAAUGUUCCUGUUGAAAGUCUACGUCUACGGUUUGCGCUGCUUCAGUCUCUCAACACAACGUUGGAGACCUUCUUCCUCCCGCUGGUGGAGCUUCGGCAGACUGAGAUGUACGCCAACAGCAUCGCUGCCUUACUGCAGGAGGCCAAAGGUUUAAUCUUUUAUGACACAAAAGUAACUGUAAUGAACAGAGUGCUGAAUGCCACUGUCCAAAGAACUGCUGAUCAUGCAGCCCCAGAAAUCACUCUGGAUCCCUUGGAAAUCGUUGGAGGAGAGAUCCGUUCUUCAGAAAACUCCUAUUUCUGUCAGGCAGCCAGGCAGCUGGCCUGCGUGCCGUCCUCCCAGCUCUGCGUUAAACUGGCCAGCGGUGGAGACCCUACGUACGCUUUCAACAUCCGCUUCACAGGGGAGGAGGUUCAUGGAACAAGUGGAUCUUUCCGUCACUUCCUUUGGCAAGUUUGUAAAGAGUUACAGAGCUCCUCGCUCUCCCUUCUGCUGUUGUGCCCGAGCUCUGCAGUCAAUAAGAAUAAGGGGAAGUACAUUUUGACGCCCAGCCCCGUGACCUACGCGGAGGAGCAGUUAUUCCAUUUCUUUGGGCAGCUCUUGGGUAUUGCAAUUCGAGCAGAUGUUCCUCUGCCACUUGACCUCCUCCCCUCCUUCUGGAAGACCCUGGUAGGAGAACCACUGGAUCCUGACAUUGAUCUCCAGGAAGCUGACAUCCUCACCUACAACUAUGUCAAGAAAUUUGAAAAUAUAAAUGAUGAGACAGAACUGGAAGCCCUCUGUGCAGAAAUUGCUUCUCAGCAUCUAGCAACAGAGAGCCCCGACUGUCCGAACAAGCCAUGCUGCAAAUUCACCUACCUGACCAUGACAGGGGAAGAAGUGGAGCUUUGUCCCAGGGGCAGGCACAUUCCCGUGGGGUGGGAGAACAAGGACGUGUACGCGGCAGCGAUCCGGAGCCUGAGGAUGCGGGAGCUGCAGACUCCGGAGUGCAUGACGGCCGUGCGCGCCGGGCUGGGCUCCAUCAUUCCCCUGCAGCUCCUGACCACGCUGACCCCUCUGGAGAUGGAGCUGAGGACGUGUGGGCUUCCCUACAUUAACCUGGAGUUUCUGAAGGCUCACACCAUGUACCAGGUGGGCUUGAUGGAAACGGAUCAGCACAUCGAGUUUUUCUGGAGCGCCUUAGAGAUGUUCACUCAGGAGGAGCUCUGCAAGUUCAUAAAGUUCGCCUGUAACCAGGAACGGAUCCCCUUCACCUGCCCUUGCAAGGACGGAGGCCCCGACACCGCCCACGUCCCGCCCUACCCCAUGAAAAUCGCUCCCCCGGACGGAGCCGCAGGUUCUCCAGACUCUCGGUACAUCCGUGUGGAAACGUGCAUGUUUAUGAUCAAACUUCCCCAGUACUCCUCACUGGACAUCAUGCUGGAAAAGCUCCGAUACGCCAUCCACUACCGGGAGGAUCCGCUCAGCGGCUGAGCGGGAGCAGGGGACGCCCAGAGGUGACUGUCCGGACCGUCCUGUGACGCUGCUGACGUCGGAAGCCCCGCAGCUCCCACCCAGACGCCUCCUGGAACACUCUGUGACCAGCUGGAGGUUAAUUUAUUUUCUGAACUUUCUGUUCCCGUUACGAUAAUUACUGGAAGACUCACAUUUUGUAUUUGUAGACUUUGUGGUGGACUGGUUAUUUUGCUGCCUUGUUUGUGGAAUAUUUGUAGGAUAGUUUAGUAAAGACCAGUUUGUGUAUAAUUUAAUUUUGGAGAAACCUUUAAACAUGUACAUUUCUAAUUUUGUAAUUUAGAAUGGUAUUACCCAGGCAAACACAACACAGGCGAGGGUGUUCUGAG